CAGUGCUCUAUUAGUCGACGCCAUAGGGUUUUUGCAUAUAGAUUAUAUUUAUCCAUCGUCGGGUCUUCAUCGUUUUUAUAUUUUACACUUAAUAUGUCUCUUCGGGCCAGCGAGGAUGCACCACACGGCGGGCAUGAGACUGACCCGGCCCCGGCUCCACAUGCAACAUGGAAAUCGACGUGGAAUAAUAACAAGGGACUGAUCUUUAUCAUUCUUGCUCAAGCUAUUGCAUCAUCUAUGGAUGCGAUAGUUCGCUUCCUUCAGCAGGGCGAGCAUAAGAUGCACCCUUUCCAGAUCAUCUUCGCGCGAAUGGGCAUGACGUUCGUUCUAAGCUCGCUGUACAUGUGGUGGACGAAGGUGCCAGAUUUCCCACUUGGGAGGGCUGAUGUCCGAGGCUGGCUUGUCGUCCGCGCGCUGUUUGGUUUUUUUGGAUUGUUCUGUUUGUACUAUUCCGUGCACUAUCUGCCCCUCGCUGAAGCAACCGUCUUCCGCUUCCUCGUUCCCAUCGUCACUGCAUGGGCCUGCUCCAUCUUCCUCGGCGAGAUCUUCAGUAGCCGCGACCUUCUUGCUGGCGUAGUGGCUCUGGUCGGGGUCAUCUUCAUCGCCCACCCCUCCAGCCUCUUUGGGCCCGCCGCCAAUGAUAACAUUCCCCGCCCCAGCGACAUCGAUCACGUCUCCCCCGCUCAGCGCCUCCUCGCCAUCACCGCCUCCCUUCUUGGUGUUCUCGGCGCCUCAGGGGCUUACACCAUGAUCCGCGUCAUCGGCACUCGCGCCCAUGCCCUGAUAUCCGUCAAUUACUUUGCCGUCCUCGGCACGUUUGGUUCUGCCGCCGCUCUCCUUGCCGUGCCAGGGAUGUCCUUUACGAUGCCACGCGGGACUCGCGAAUGGGUCCUCAUGGUGCUGCUGGGUGUGCUUGGCUUCGCCCUACAGUUCUUGUUGACCGCGGGGCUGCAGCUCGAUCGCAGCAGUAAGGCGACGAGUAUGUUGUAUACGCAAGUGCUGUUUGCGUUAUCUUUCGACUUUGCGAUCUGGGGCGUCUUGCCGGGCGGGUGGAGCUUGUUCGGUGGGGCGAUCGUGAUUGCGAGUACUCUGUGGUCCGCACUGUCGAAGCCGACUAAGCAUGCGGCAACACCGGCGAAAACAGUGGUGGUCGAUGAGGAGAGCGCACUCCUUGGGGCCCAGCGAGGAGAAGAUGCAGAUCAGACACCACAGAGGAAAGCAAGUGUCAGUGCCUGAGAACGGACUUGAUGCGAAAGAUAUUUGAAAGACUGUGUAGAGUGGAAUCUCGGAGUAUCAGGGAGCUUGGGCUAUUGUUGUCUCGGCGCGUUCCGUGUUUUGAUUUUGAUUCGUUAUGAUACCAUGGAGAGCAUCACGUGAUAAAGGCAUAUGGCCCACGCCUCAUGAGCAUGGAGGAGAGAGGGUUUUAAGUUUACAGAUUAGAGAUGAGUAUUAAAUAGAGGAUUUAAUGUGUUUAUCAUAGCAACACUGUCGACCAGC